CCUGGCUGUUUAGUACAAAUCAAACUCAACUAAUAAUAGCUAGAUAGAUGGUCUUUUUUCCUUCUAUCAAACACAAAAGACAACCACAUAAAUAGCUAAACAUGCAAACUUCUUCGAGCAGAGUUCCUACAAGCGCAAUGGCUGGAAUGAUGAUACAUAUUCCAGAACUCCUCGAAAUAAUUCUGCUCCGAGUGGACAUGCGGACACUCCUUGUCUCUGCUUUGCGUGUCUCCAUGACAUGGCACACUAUGAUCACGGAAUCCCACAGGAUCCAAAGACAACUCUUCUUCCGAGCCGAUCCCACUUCGAAGCCACAACACAACACACUACUACAAAGACACUUCCCCUUCGUCUUCGAACACGCUGAACACCCCAACGACGGAGUGGUAUUUAUUGUGCUGAGCGAGGCCCUCAUGAUCCCAGGCGACGAUGUCCCAUUUCCAGAUAUGCAUUGGCUCACGGAGAACGAAGAGAUAGAGUCGGAAGAUUUCGAAGAUAAUGAUAGUGACGAGGAGAUCGUUCAGUUGGCAGAGGUGCGCAGUGUAUUUCUUGUUUUGUUUUUAGAGCAGAUGGACUUCUUCCGAAUCGUCGUGCACACAGAUGUAUGUGCCCACGACAUCUCGUCAUUAGAUCAGCGGCAGAGUUUCUUGUUCGACAUAUUGGGAGCUGCGCAUGAUGGGCAUGUCCCCGACAGCAACAUUGCGAAUCAUAGAAUGCCAAUGUAGCCAGGCUCUCAUCGAUGCCCAUGUAUAAUGUGUGGUACCAUCACGGAAGUGUUGACAACGAUAGCGCAAUAUCUGGCUGCUCAGGAACAAUGGAAAAAUAUCCCUAGUAUGGCAUCACGGAGGUCAACUAUCAAUGAUUUUCUUAAUGUGCUGGAUGCCUUGUGUGUCGGGUCUAAAUAUUCUUUGACGGGGGUUCGAUGCCGUGCGCGUACGCCUCUACGAGCGAAAGUAUACAACAACACAUAGCUCGCGGACCUUUUUCUAUUCGUGAUUCGGUUCUUUUUC